UUCCUAACGGCCUCUCAGAAGAAUGAAAAUUUGCUUGCGAAUUUUAUUUGCAAUGAGCAACUACCAUUGAAAAAUUUAGCUUUUGACGUCUGCACUCAUCUUUCGCAUAAAAUUCUAUCAUUUAUAAACUUCUCUUCCGAAAGCCAGUCGAGCUUUCUGCACCGAAGGAGCACUAGAGCUGCGAAGCAAAAAGAACGCUGGCGGGUGAUGUUUUCAAGAAGCCCUCAAUCAUCAAGUUUUAUAGGAAGUCCUGAAGUCUCAAGAAAUGACUACUACGAAAAUGAACCGCCCGUAGGUAUCGUUAUUGAGCCUAAUGAUGGACAUCGCAAAGGCAAAGUACCGAAGUUGUUGGUGGCGCUCGUUGUCGGCACGUACGGCGCGCUCUCCUUACUGCUCCUGAGGUUGCUGCUCCAAAUUCUGCUACCCGUAAGUGUUGGACCUCCUGGGGCAUCUGGGGACAAAGGUAUGAUAGGAAAUAAGGGUACACAAGGCGACAAAGGCAUGAAGGGAGAUAAAGGAAUGAAAGGCAUCAAAGGAGAAAAAGGGAACAAGGGCUUGAAGGGCAUUUCUGGGCCGAUGGGACCACAAGGAUCAACAGGAGGACCGGGACCCGUGGGAGCUCAAGGCCCUGGUGGAGACCCUGGGAUGCCUGGAGACAUUGGGGAUGAUGGAGACAAAGGAAUGCCGGGUGACCCUGGUAUGCCGGGACCCAACGGAGCCGACGGAGACGAUGGAGAGGAUGGUAUGAUAGGUGACAGUAAUGUGUCUGGUCGAGACUUGAGCUACAGGAGCUUGAAGAAGAGACACGCCAGAGAGUCAACUGUUGAGCUGCAAGAUGCACCGCAGCUGCUAGCAUUCCUCUACUCCAAAAUAAACCAAAAAUCUGCGACUUUGACAAAAGAGGUCGACAGUAAAUGCGAUGCCGUGAGUGCGGUCAACGAAUUGUGGCAUCAGUUCGAAGACCCUACAGGCUGCGUCAAGUGCUCGCUCUUUGAGUUCUUCUUAUCAUCGAAAUAUGACGCAACUGAUUCCCUGAUUCUGGCGAGCUUGGCUCACGUGCUGGGAGUGCAGGAGUCGCACCAGCUGCACGCGGCCACCUGGGCGGCGCGCGGCAGCAACCAGAAAAUCUUCUGCAGGCGCCGGGAAAAUUCCUGCGACGUCGUCCAGCAAACCGACGAAGUCUUCGCCCUACCCAAGGAAAUAUAACAUCGAUUGAUAUAUUGCUGUUUGAAAUUGUUUGUGGUCUGAUUUCAAUAGAAAACUAUUUAGGAGACUUUCAACGUGCACCUAUAAAAUCAUAGGAUAAAGAUUUUAUUUGGUAUGAUCAGAGAGAACUAGUCAAGGCCACAAUUCAAUACUUCAUCAAAUAUUUAAAACGACGGAGUUCGCGUUAGAUGGGGAUGGUUGUGUGAAUAAUUCGCCCGAUCCCAAGUUCCUCGAGUUGGAAUGGGAUUCAUCAGAAAGAAUAUAUAUAAAAGGAUGAAUCGAAAUGGUCAAAUGAACGAAACAAUAUUUAAACGGCUGAUACGAAAUGAAAGAGCUGGAUGAAAUGUUUAAAUGGUUAAUUUAGAUUUUUUGCCUCGUUUUCUGUAGAUAAAGAAUUUAAGAAUAAAUCUUGCCGGACAAUAGGCGAGAAUGAAGAAUAAGAUGAACUAAAAUGUAUUUAUUCGAAUGCAAGAAUUUCAUUUAACUAUGGUGGAGCGCAGGAUAUCAACUUGAAUGUGUUCGACGUUUGCAUAGGUUCAAUUAUUUGUUUGAAUCAAGCGCAUUCCUGUACGGUUGCCAUAACUGAUCUGAAUUAAAUUGCCUACGCUUCAGCUCGCCGAAUUCCGAAUGGGGCUUGAUUGAAGGAUGACCUGACAAUUAAUUCAAAUACACACGUACAGGCCGAUAGGGUAAAUUAAAAUAAUUAACAUUCUCGCAGGUAUGUAUGGUCAUUCAAAAUAAUUAACGUAAACGCAGGUUACAUGGUAAAUCAUCAUAAUUAACAUACACGCAGGUAUGUAUGGCUAAAUAAUACAAUUAGCAUACACGCAGGUAUGUAUGGUUGAUUAAUAUAAUUAAAAUACACGGAGGUGUGUAUGCGUUUAUUUUAAUAUA